CGGAAUGAUUUUACAAAAGAGAAAAAAAACUAGUUGUGACUUUAGCACAACAUUGCUUCCACGGUGUGCUGUAUAUAUUAUUUCCGGGGGAUUGUGAGGAUAAGUGAAGGCUGUUUUAUUUUUUUUAUUUUAUUUUUUUAAAUGGUCUCCCCCUCAAUGAUUUGUUUCUGGAGGCGCCCCUGCUCCUCUGUCAGGGUGCACUUCCCAGCUUCUCCGCGAGGGGCGCUGCUGCUCUCUCUCACGUUUGCUUCCCGCUGCUCUGACGUCAGCAACCUGCAAGUGAACGACUGAACGGACGGAGGAGCCCCGAACCGGAGCCACCGGGAGGCAGUCUGAGCAACCGCCCGAGUCCCCGCCGCCGCCGCCCCGGAGGAGCCGAGAGGAGGAAAGGUCCACCGCGACAGAACCGACCGAGCGAUGCCAGCACUGCUCACCGCCGCCCAGUAAGCGCAGACUGCGUCGAGAGGACGGAACCGUUACCGAGAUUUACCGGCAGAGAAAGAGAAAGCAGCAGGGAGACGGAGAGCGGAGCCCCCCCACCCUGAGAACCACAGCUGCGGAGGUUUCACCGCCCGGGACCGAACCGCCGAUUUCAAUGCUGUAAGCGCGAGCGCGUCCCCGGCCUGAGCGCGAGACAGAGAGGGAGCGACGCGGAGGGAUCGAAGGCAGAGAGAGCUCGGAAAGGAAAGGUGGAGAUAUCUUCAGCGACCAAUUCAGGAUCCCCACUCUCAUCCUCCGCUUGUUGCGUUUUCUCGCGUGGAUCCCGGUACCGCUAUCGCCAUCAAGCUGUGUUCUCUAACCAUGGGAUGUACGCUGAGCGCAGAGGAGAGGGCGGCUCUGGACCGGAGCAAAGCCAUCGAGAAGAACCUGAAGGAGGACGGCCUCACCGCGGCCAAGGAUGUCAAGCUGCUGCUGCUCGGGGCCGGAGAGUCAGGGAAGAGCACCAUCGUCAAACAGAUGAAGAUCAUCCACGAGGACGGCUUCUCCGGCGACGAUGUAAAGCAGUACAAGCCCGUCGUUUACAGCAACACCAUCCAGUCUCUGGCGGCCAUUGUUCGUGCCAUGGACACGCUGGGCCUAGAGUACGGAGACAAAGAGCGCAAGGCUGAUGCUAAGAUGGUGUGUGACGUGGUCAGCCGCAUGGAGGACACGGAGCCUUUCUCCGCCGAGCUGCUGUCUGCAAUGAUGCGUCUGUGGUCCGACUCGGGCAUCCAGGAGUGCUUCAGCCGCGCCCGAGAGUACCAGCUCAACGAUUCAGCGCAAUACUACUUGGACAGCCUAGAUCGGAUCGGUGCACCGGACUACCAGCCGACAGAGCAGGACAUCCUGAGGACCCGAGUGAAGACCACGGGCAUCGUGGAGACGCACUUCACCUUCAAAAACCUUCACUUCAGGCUGUUCGAUGUCGGAGGUCAGAGGUCGGAGAGGAAGAAGUGGAUCCACUGUUUUGAGGACGUGACGGCCAUCAUCUUCUGCGUGGCGCUGAGCGGGUAUGACCAGGUGCUGCACGAGGACGAGACCACGAAUCGUAUGCACGAGUCUUUGAUGCUGUUCGACUCCAUCUGCAACAACAAGUUCUUCAUCGACACCUCCAUCAUCCUCUUCCUCAACAAGAAGGACCUGUUCGCAGAGAAGAUCAAGAAGUCCGCUCUCAGCAUCUGCUUCCCGGAGUACACAGGGCCUAACACCUACGAGGACGCGGCGGCUUACAUUCAAGCACAGUUCGAGAGCAAGAACCGCUCUCCCAACAAGGAAAUCUACUGUCACAUGACCUGCGCCACGGAUACAGGAAACAUCCAGGUCGUGUUCGACGCCGUGACCGAUAUCAUCAUCGCCAACAACCUCCGAGGGUGUGGCUUGUACUGAGCACGCCCAGACGCCCCAUAACGACCUUUUCCCCCUUUUUUGUCCCCUCUCUUGUCCCGCCCCUUCCUGUCCCCGCCCCCCCUCCCCACCCCCUCUCCUCGUUCCUUUGACACUGCUGUUGAAAUGACGACGACAUCAAUGGUGGUUCUCGGAAUCUGUAACGAAUAAAGAAAUAAAAAUGCAAAUGAAAAAGCAAGACCCUUAAAACAAGCUGAUAAGCCCGCGCUUGUUUUGGGGUUUUGUUUGAAUUUUUUUCUUGCUCUGACCCCUCCCCCCCCACACACACCCUGAUGUUUUUCAGUCUUUUUGCCAAGCAAUCAAAUUUGUUUAAUAGUAAAGCCUGCAGCCUUGAAAACUUCUUGAACAAAGUCGAUGAAAGCCGCUCUUUGUGUGUCUUCUGUAACAAAACCGAAGCCUGUACUUUUUUUUUUUGUAUUGUUACUUUAAUUACAAUGGCUGUUUAUUUCUAUUGAUCAUGUGUAUAUUUAUUACAAGAAUAUCAGUCUUUACACUGACUUUUACUUCAGUUUGCCUCACAUGACUCUUGUAUUUGUUUCUCUUUUUUUUUUUUUUGCUCCUUUAGUGAUUAUAUAUUAACUUUUUUUGUCAGAAAUGUGUAUAAAAAACAUCACCAGAAGAUGAAACUGAAAUGCUGGUUUGUUUUAAGUGUUUUGUUUACAUUCGAAAAACCGUUUUUUAGAUGUUUGUAACGUCGGUUUUUUGUCCUCGAGUGAACCAUUUCUGCGUUUAAGACCCGGUUUUCAUCGACAGGAAGUGGGGCGUUUCCGUUUUUCCGUACGUCAGACGAACGUGAGCUGCACAUAGGUUGAACAUCAGCUGAACGUCUGGCGUAAAUUAGCCGGGUGUCAGCCAAAUGUCAGCCGUUCGUCAGCCUGACGGUAGCUGUACGUCAGCUGCGUGUGAGCCGAACGUCAGCCGAACCUUAGCCGUAUGUCAGUCGUAUAUCAGCCAAAUGUCAGCCGGGCCUCAGAGCCAACAGGAAACAUUCUUUCUGUCCUAAAUGUCAGCGCCAUGAAACAGAGGCACUGCACUGUAGAUAGCUAUGCUUUUAGAAGCAAGUAUACAAAACCUACUCACUUAUAACCGUCUAACCCUCUCCAUGUAAAAAAAAAAAAAAAGAAUGCCUCCUGGUUAAUUUAUUCAUUUAUUUAUUGAUCGAUCACCUCUCAUAUUUUUUUGCGCUCCAAAUUCAACUGCAGGGUAACACCCCCUCCGCCCCCAACAGAUAGCAUGAGAUACUCGAGCCUUUGUAUAAAGAGAGAACUUAUGAUAUAAAGCUACUCAUGAAAACUGCAACACUAGAAAAGUUUUAAUAAAAAAAAGUAAAAGAUAAACACGAAGAAAAAAAAAGUCCCAGCUGAAAGGAAGUGGGGGCAGAUGUUUAAAAAAAAAAAAAGGAUGAGAGCGGUUUCGAAAAAAAAACCUUAAGUAUAGUUAUUCACAAUAUCAUCAUGUAAUCUUCUUUCACCCUUUUUUAAACAAAAACAUUUUGCAGAUGGUUCCACUUUGAACCGACUAUCCCGGACUGACCCCCGCGUUGUUGUAAUGCUCUGAACUGACCCCUCCUCUUUACCGUUUUGCCUGUUUCCCUGCAUUAGAACCGUGUCCUCACUUUAGCCUGACUCAGAACGAUUAAAUAUAAUACUAUAACGAUAUCUAUUUUUUAUGAUUUCAGAAAAAAACACUGUUUUUUGGGGAGAGCACGUUUCUGGCUGCAUCCGCUGCUUCGGGAUGCCGCAUGUUCGCACAUCGACGCUGUAAAAAGUCAUGCUCCUUCCAGUUUUGUUUUGAUUUUUUGAGUUUGGCGCACUCCUUCCAGGUCUAUAAUGAAAAGCACAGUUCUCUCACACACACUCGCACUCACAAACACACACAAGAUGUAGAUUUGGAAAUUUCUUAUUUAUUCAUGCCUAAUCUAUGUUACCAUCCAUCUAUCUAUCCAUGGAUCUAUAUAGACCUCUGUUGAUUUCUAGUUUUUAAAAGAGAAAAAGAGCCGUGUAUAAUUUGUCAUUCUCUUCCUGUUUUCCUCACAUUUUUUACCUCCUCUGUUCUCUUCUUUACCCGGUGAAUGCUUUUUUCUGUGCAGCUUUUUUUCUCUCUCUUCCCCCCUCUCUACUCUUCUUUAGUGAAUGGUUGUUAUUUCAUGUGGGAUGUCCGUGCUGGAAAACCAAUCGAAUGUAGUGUUUACAUUAAAAAGCCACUGUUUUCAUGACUACACAAAA